AUGUUAAAUAUUAAUACUCAAGGAGAAAAACUAAAAUAAAGUGCUAAUUAUAUUAAAGUAUAGCAUAAUCUUUAAAUAUUCUAGACACUUUAAAAAGAAGUCAGUGAAUUCAAAGAAAAAAUUAACAAUCUUGAAUUUGAACUAUCAACUCUUAAAUUCUUAGAAUAAUAUAUUUAAUACGAAAUACCUAAAUAAGAUGAAAUCAAUGAAGAUAGAGUAAUUAUAUUUAACAUUUUUAGGAAAGAGAAAAAUAAGAAACUUAAUCCAAACUCAAUAAAUUAUUAAAAGAAAUUUAAGACCUUAAAGAUUCUAAUUCAGAUUUACAAUCUUAACUAAAAGUUAAAGAUUAAUAGAAAUUAGAAAUUAUUGAUAAAUAUAAAUCAGAAUUAUCUAAAAAAUAAUAAGACUUAGAAAAAUGUCAAGCUGAAUUAGAUGCUAAGAAUAAACUUUUUGAUGAAAUGAAAAAAAAAGAAGAAGAAAACUUUGCAAUUAUAUAAGAUGGUUCUACAACUAAUUCACCAACAAAUGAGAAAAAAAAUCAUGAUAUUUAGAAAUAAUUAAUUGAAAAUUAAAGAUUAAAAAAUGAAUAAUAAUAAUUAAAAAAAGAAUAUGAUAAUUUAACCAAUAUUUUUAAUGAUUUAGUUAAAGAAAGACAUAAAUAGGAUGAAGAUAAUUAAUAAUCAGUUAGAGAUUGGAAAACUAAAUAUGAUUAAAUUGCAAAACUUCGUGAUUCUGAUAAAGAAAGUUUUUAAUCUCAAGUAGAAGAGAAAACUAAAAUUAUUGGUAAUCUUCAAUAAAAGCUUUAUUAAAUUUAAAAAGAAACCAGUACAAAAGAAACUUAAACAAGUUUCUUGACAAGAUAAAGAGAUUCGUAAAAAUUUAAUUAAUUAUUUUAGUUCUAUUUCAUUUUAAUGUGAUGAUGAAUAAAUAGAUGUUUUAGAUAAGACCUUAGAAACAAUUUCUAAUAGUUCAGUCUAAUAAAUAAUUGCUAUGUGUUAAACUUAAGGAUAAUAAAAUGAUUUAUUAAGAGAAUUAAAAAGAAUUAUUGAAGAAACAACAAAUUUUGUACAUUAGAAAUUAUAAUUAUCUUUACCUUCAAUAAUUAAAACAUGUUGUGAAGUUAAGGAUUCCUCAUGA